GCAUGGGCGAGCAUCUCAGCGGCCCCGGGCGCCUCGGGGACUCGCCAAGGCGCUCCGCCUGCGCUCUCCGCGUCGCGGGUGAUGCCUAGUGGGGCCGAGCUGCUUUCGCGCCCUCCGCAGGGAGACGCAUCUCGUUGGACCCGCGAGCCCGCACACCAACUUCUGCCCGCCCAGCGAGCUCAACUUCUGCGCGGGGCUCGGACUUGCGGAGCCGGAGUGGCGCGCGGCGCGCAGCCGGCGUGGCGGCUGGAGCAGCUCCGCCCGGCGGAGAUGACCUGGCGACUGUGGCUCUGGUGUGGCUCUGGUGCGCUUGGGUGGCCGCCGGCUGGCGGCCAGGCAGAGCCCUUCAGCUCCGUCCGGGCAUUCCAAAUGUUUGCGAAGAACAGCAGCUGACUGUGGUGGGCUGCAUACCCACCCAUACCAUACCCAUGUGUCCAAGCAUUCACACUCACCAUCAAGAUCUGGAAACGGCUACAGUGGCCCAUGGUGGUGUGUGAGUUACGAAAGAAGGACCCGGUACUACACCAUCUACAGACAGUCAUGCAGCAUGGAGCGGCAGACCAUCUACAGGCGCUGCCCUGGUUGGAGCUGGCAGGACAAUGAACCUGGCUGUCUAUGCUUGUCCCAGAGACUAUCCUAGUGUGCUGGAAGACGGUUCUGAACAUGGCAGAAAAGGUGUCUGAGCUUCUCAGGAAGCUUACAGUCUCAACAAGGGAAAAAGACAAUAAACUUGUGUUCUUUUCUACCUUCUCACCCCUGGGUGUCUGUCCUGUUGCCUUUCCAGCUAGCAUCUGGCUCAUUUCUUUUCUGAAGACUGGACAGAGCUUUUGAACAAGGUGUGUCUGGUGGUGAGCAGAGUUGUUUCUUCAUCGGAGGAGGGACCAGUGGAGGGAUAGAGGAGCACACCAGUGUGCCUGCUCUACUAUUACUCUACCCCGGAAUGCACUUGAAAAGAUAUAAAUGAAUGUACCAUGGUGUCUGUCAGGACCAAUGCUGUAAUACGAUUGGCAGUUAUUACUGCCAGUGUCAAGCUGGCCAGAAGCUGGAGGAAGAUGGCAGAGGAUGUGAAGAUGUUGAUGAAUGUACGGUAGUGAGUGGAGGCUGCCAACAGCGCUGUAUUAACACUCUGGGCACCUUCCAUUGUGCAUGUGAUACGGGGCACAGUCUCCAUGCUGAUGAACACACCUGCAUAAAUGUAAACGAGUGUGCUGAAGGGCUUGCUUCCUGCCGCCAUCUCUGUGUGAACACAGUGGAAUCUUUCACUUGUGCCUGCCACCCUGGUUUUGAGCUGGGAGCUGAUGGAAAACAGUGUUCAAGGAUUGAAUUGGAAAUUGUCAAUAGCUGUGAAAAGAAUAAUGGUGGUUGUUCCUGUCACUGUGAGCAUGCAGUUGGUGGGCCCUGUUGCUCCUGUAACCAUGGACACCGGCUUGAUUCAGAUGAGCAAACAUGCAUAGCAUGUGGAAUCCAGGUCUUUCCCUGUGUGGUCUGAGCUUUAGAUGAUGAUGAGCUAAAGGAAGAAGAAGAGGAAUUAGAUAUUGUGAAGUUUCCACGUCUUCUAUUCAAGAGCCCACCUCAACUGCUUCAUUAUGUGGCCACCUCUCUGCCUCUCACCCACGAAGGUGAAGAAGAUGAGCUGGAAGAAGGGAAAGAUAUUCGAGGAGAACUGACUGCUUUGCACAGAGUUGGUGCAUGAAAGCAUGUAUCUCAUUAAAGUCACCUCUUUUCUCCAUUUUUAGAUAGUUCACAUAAAUCUUUCAUAGACAAUUUCAUUAUCAAUGUUUAAUGCCAUCAAGUGUUUUAACA